UAUACAAACAAAACCCCAAGAGUCAAAUAAAAACAUAGAAAUCCUCGCAGAAGAAAAAACCUUUUUUCUCCAUUAGCCAAAAAGGAAGAACAAAACAUGAGCAACGAAUACGAUUACUUGUUCAAGCUGUUAUUAAUCGGCGAUUCUUCUGUCGGCAAAUCGUGUCUUCUUCUCAGAUUCGCCGAUGAUUCGUAUGUGGACAGUUACAUUAGCACCAUCGGUGUUGAUUUCAAAAUUAGAACGGUGGAGCUGGAUGGAAAGACAAUCAAGCUGCAAAUUUGGGAUACUGCAGGCCAGGAGCGGUUCCGCACUAUAACAAGUAGUUACUAUCGGGGAGCACAUGGGAUUAUUAUUGUUUAUGAUGUAACGGAAAUGGAGAGCUUCAACAAUGUCAAGCAAUGGUUGAAUGAAAUUGACAGAUACGCAAAUGAGAGUGUUUGCAAGCUUCUGGUGGGAAACAAAUGUGAUUUGGUAGAAAACAAGGUUGUGGACACACAGACGGGAAAGGCUUUGGCAGAUGAGCUAGGUAUCCCUUUCCUUGAGACGAGUGCAAAAGACUCCAUUAACGUGGAGCAGGCUUUCUUAACGAUGGCGGGAGAGAUCAAGAAAAAAAUGGGUAAUCAACCAGCUGGAGCCAAGAAGACAGGUAGUACUGUUCAAAUCAAAGGACAACCAAUUGAGCAGAAGAGCAACUGCUGUGGCUAACUGCUGACGCUGUGCUUCUGUAUCCCUCUGUUCCAAUAGCAAAAUGUCGAACAGCUUGUAACUAAACAUAAGUUUACUAGAACUAGAAUAUCCUGUGAAUCUUCCGUUAGUUGAAAUGUAUUUCCAACUUUGCUCAUGGUGUUAUGUGAACAUUGCCUGCCUGGAAUGAUAAGUAGUCGCUGAGAGGCAAAUCUGAUAUGAGUUUAACUUCGGUGUGAUUGUAGCUGACAAUUGUAGCUGUUUGACACAAAAUAGAGUGACUAAGAUUUACACUGUU